AUGGGCUCCCGCCUGCUGCUGAUGUUGAUGCUGCUUCAGGCAGUUUGGAAAGGUGCUCUGGGAAAAUCCCAUUCACUGCACACCCGAGGAAUCAUCGAAUUGGCAGGAGCCAUAACGUGUGGCACAGGACGGUCCCCCUUGGCAUAUAUUGGCUACGGAUGCUACUGUGGACUGGGAGGACAAGGCUGGCCUAAAGAUAAAACAGACUGGUGCUGCCACAGGCAUGACUGCUGCUAUGACAAGGCAGAGAAGGAAGGCUGCAACCCCAAGAUGCAGCAGUACCAGUGGGUGUGUGAGCAGAACGCUGUGCAGUGUGAUAACCUGACAGACCGAUGUGAAAAAAUGGUGUGCCUGUGUGACCAAGAAGCAGCCAAGUGUUGGGGCGCAGCCCCGUACAACCCACACUUCAUCCUCUGGCCAGACUUUUUAUGUGGACAGACCCAUCCCACCUGCCAUUUCAGAUAUGGAGGGGCAGAAUAGUCUUUUGGGGACCUUUCUUCUAACCCUUUGGAUCUAGAAGGUGCUGGAAUAAAAUUUUACCUCCUUUACCAGAGC